UUUUCGUAUACACGCGUCUCGGCGCAGUCGUUCGGUCCCAAUCGGCCAAUCUCCGCGCGAAAUCAGAGUAUCUGUUUUCAUUUCUCUCUCUCUCUCUCUCCACGCUCGAUGUCGCCGACGACUUGCUAAGCUUCGUUAAGGAGGGAAUAAAAUUUCGUUGAAAGAUACUGGAAACCGAUGGCUGCACCACCGGCAAGGGCUCGUGCUGAUUACGAUUACCUCAUUAAGCUUUUGCUUAUUGGCGAUAGCGGUGUGGGAAAGAGUUGUCUGCUUCUGCGUUUUUCUGAUGGUUCUUUUACAACCAGUUUUAUCACCACAAUUGGUAUUGAUUUUAAGAUAAGAACCAUUGAGCUUGAUGGGAAGAGAAUCAAAUUGCAAAUCUGGGAUACAGCUGGUCAGGAGCGUUUCCGGACUAUCACAACAGCUUACUAUCGAGGAGCCAUGGGAAUUUUGCUGGUCUACGAUGUCACUGACGAGUCAUCUUUUAACAACAUUAGGAAUUGGAUUCGCAACAUUGAACAGCAUGCAUCUGAUAAUGUGAACAAGAUACUGGUAGGAAACAAAGCUGAUAUGGAUGAAAGUAAAAGGGCUGUGCCUACUUCUAAAGGUCAAGCUCUUGCUGAUGAAUAUGGAAUCAAAUUCUUUGAAACGAGUGCAAAGACAAACCUGAAUGUCGAGGAGGUUUUCUUUUCAAUUGCUAGGGACAUUAAGCAAAGGCUUGCAGACACUGAUUCGAAGGCAGAGCCUCAAACAAUCAAAAUAAACAAGCCAGACGCAGCAGACGGGGGUGGUCAAGCGGCCCAAAAGUCAUCUUGCUGCGGCACGUAAAAUGGUACAAGAAGAUCAAAUCAAUUGAAAGAGCGAAAAAAAACGCUCUUGGUCGCGGUGGUGUGCCUUCUGGGAACGAAAUCAAAGCCUGAUGAGAUUGUGGUGGGCUUGUUCCUCUAUCCCGGUCGUGGCUUCUGUGAAUCAUCAUCAGUUUGUGUUGAAUGUUUCUGUUUUGUUCCUCUAUUUUGGCAAAAGACAGUCUGAUUUUCCCUUUUCUUCUUUCUUUUAUAUAUUUGAGGUUGGGAUUUAGGACUCUUCAAUUAUUUUCUCACAUGUGUUGAUGUAGAUAGAUUAUCAGGAUUAUUAAAGCAUGUUCUUCCAUGAGGAGCAAGAAAGAAUGGUCUCUGACUCUCUGCAUCGGUUGCUUUGUAAUUGGGAUUAUAAGACCUUAACACCCAACUCUAAUUAGAAUGGUUGAAUGUUAACUCUUGCAGCCAUGGUGAAGCUCUGCAAUUAAUUUAGCUUGCUAUGGCUUUUGUCGGACCAUUCUACUUUCAGGGCGUGCUUGGUGCUGUUUAGUAUUAGAGUCAUUUUGUUGGUACAUCAUGAGAUGGGCAAAGUAAAUGAAAGAUUAAUUUUGUUU